AUGGAUCCUCCUUCUUCCUGGAAGGGGGAGGAAGAGGACGACGGGAACAAAAGUAGCGAGAAUGACCGCUCCAUUUCAUUCAUCAUCGACGACGAUGACGACGACGAAGAGGACAUCGAUCGAUACAAUGUGGAGAUGGAUGAGGAGGUGACCUCGCCCGGCCUGCCACGGCCAGACGAAUCCGCAUUUGCGAGUACUCAGCCCUCCCGCUGGAACCAGGUCCAGUCGGCCGGCCCCAACAAGGAACUGGGCAAGCGCAAGAUGCCCAUGCCCCCUUCUCCUUCGCCCGCGCCCGUCUACAAGGCCCAGGCGCGCGUCCUCUCCUACACGCCCGCCCCGCCCUUCCUCUCCUCCACCGCCUCCACCGCCGCCGCCGCCGCCGCCAUGGGCUCCUUCAGCGUCCACCAGCCCCACCACUACGCCGCCCACCCGCACCACUCCGCCCCCUCCUUCAACCCCGAGCUCUUUCGACAAUGUGCGACGCCCGACCCGGGCAGCUCCAAGUACGAGUACGAGUACGAGGAGGAGGCCUGCAUCGGGAGCGGGUCGUUCGGGGAGGUGUUCCGCGUGCGGGGACGGCGGGACCAGCAGCUCUACGCCAUCAAGAAGUCCAAGCCCUUCACCGGCAAAGCCGACAAGAAGAGCAAGAUGAAGGAGGCCAGCACCAUGAACAAGCUCAAGCAUCCCCACUGCGUCAAGUUCGUGGACGCGUGGGAGGAGCGGGCGUCGCUCUACAUCCAGACGGAGCUUUGCGAGCUGGGCUCCCUGAAGGACUUCAUGUACAAGCACGGCCCGCUGUCCGAGGACCAGAUAUGGAGCUUCCUCACCGACAUGCUCCUGGGCGUGCGGCACAUUCACGACCAGAACCUGUUGCACCUGGACAUCAAGCCCUCCAACAUGCUGCUCGUGUGCCUCGAGUGCCGGCGGCAGUUCAUCGGGGACGGGAGCGUGGACCACUCGCAUGCACAGGGACCCGAUUCGGUGCUGGUCAAGGUGGGGGAUUUUGGCCAGGCCAUCGCCAAGGGAGAGUGGCAGGGGGAGGACGGGGAUGGGUGCUACAUGGCACCGGAACUGCUGCAGUGGAACCGAAACGAGUCCACCAAGACAAUCGGAUCAGCGGCCGACAUUUUUUCACUGGGCGCCACCGUAUUCGAACUGGCCGCCAACGUGCAAAUGCCCAAGGGGGGGCGAUUGAGUGCCAAGCUGCGGGAGGGCAAGAUCCCGCGCCUGACCCGGUCGGCCGAGUUGUGCAAGGUCAUCCACGCGAUGAUGCGACCAGAGCCAUUUGAGCGGCCCUCGGCCGAAUCGCUGCUCGCCACGGAGCCCCGCAUCAAGAGCAUUCUCCAACGACGACUCGACACCAACUGGUCCUCCACGCGGAUGCUCCACGAGGCCCUCAACCUCGCGCCGCCGUUCGACAAUCAUCGGUUGUCCGCCAGCAACGGGAACUCCGGCGCAGAGCAGCAGCAGCAGCAGCAGCAGCAGCAAGAUCACAACCGCAACCACCGCCGCCACGAAGAACACGACCACGACGCCGGCAUAGCGCAGGGGGACGGGGAGCAGCCCAAGGAGGACAAGAUGAGUGCCGAAUACGAACCCGUCCAUGCCGACCACCAGAGCGAGUUGCCGACAGCGGACGACGACGAUUUCCUGCUGCAGGAAGGCCACCCGCCUGGCCAGCGCGCCGACGAGGACUCGUUCGUGGCAUUCAUCUCCCCGCUGCCCAAAGACCCCCUCACCAAGACGUUCACGCCGAGGGGCUACAAGAUGUCGCGGACGGACUCGUUCGAGGAGUUCCGCCCGCCGCCCGCCACGGAACUGCGCCGCGCUACGACGUCGUCGGUCACCUUCUCCUCGCCGCUCGCGACCGCGGGCGUGCUCCAGUCGCCCUUCACCUGCCCCACCUCCAAACCGUUCGUCCGUCCCGCCACCGCCCGCAAGGCCCCGCUGCCGCUCUUCAACGGAUUCGCCUCACUCACCGCCUCGCCCAACAGCCUCGCGAAGGGCCGGAGUAAAUCGUCCCGAUCAAGGCGGCGAUCAGUGGCCGACGACGAAGAGGAGGUGGAGGAGAAGGAGGAGGAGGGACCCAAUGACUCACUCCGAUUCAGCGAGCAGCAGGACGACACCAACGGCCGUUGCUAG